AGACAUUUACAUUUACAUGAAUCUCUCUAAACUUUAAUGACAGCUAAAACAGUUUCGAUUUAAAACCUCAAACCAGUCAGAUACACGCGCGAACCGUCUGGCGUCCGUAAAAUAUUCUAAUUAGCAAGGUCACGAGAUUAAACCAGCGCCGACGCGCGUCAGUGAAGUCAUCGCUCCGCUGCGCAGGUGCAUGUCUCCGCACAAUAGCGCGACUGUCUCGCGCCACAGGUACGAGCCGGACUCAGGUGUUGUAACACGACACUGAACCAUGUGAUCAGCGAUGAGAAUUUAGGAAGAAGAAGAGCCCAGCUCGAGCAUUCACUCAACACUCGAGUAAAUACCGAGCGCACAAGACCACCAUUGAUAGCCGGGAAGGAUCCCGAAGGACAAUGUAUUAUUAUUAUUAUUAUGAGCAGGACGCCGGAGAGUCGCGGUAGUUUCGGUUUAAGUACUUCGUUUCACCGGAAAGGUGAGGCGGAAGCGAGCUACGGUCAGAUCUGUCGGAUAUACAGUCCGCAUAUAUUCUUCAGGAAACACCGUGGGUUAUGAAGGUGGACACACAGCUCGCUAGAGACAGAUAGGAGUGCUUCCAUUCUUUGAUCUCGGACAUGAUUUAUUGAUCACCUUCGCUCCACCCUACCCGGAGCGUCAGCCCCUUUCUGGUCGAGGGUAGGGGUGCGGAUCGACUCCAUCCUGGAGAUGAUACGGCAGGUUGGGCUGUUGGCAGGGAGUUUUCUGCUGCUGCUUCUCAGGAAUGUUUCGGCCCAGGAGGAAACGACCACAAUGUCUAAUAACGUCACGACUCCCAGCACGAACCAAGGCCCUAAUAUUGUGGCCAUUGUUGUACCAACCGUGGUCUUGGGAGUGCUGGCUAUUUUGACGGCUGUUCUGGUGUUUCUGUUCUGCGUGGUAAAGAAGAAGAGACAGACGGAAGGGACGUAUCGACCCAGCGCAGAGGAGCAGACCGGAGCUCGUAGCGUUGAGACGCCGGACGCUCUGAAGCUUCCCAAGGAGGAGAGACUGAUUUGACACACUGGUUCACGACUAACCAGCAGCACACGACGAUAGCGACUCGGCUCCAAAACCGUUAAACAGAUAAACAUUAACUAAGGACCGUUUCUGAAGGCGCACGGCUAUGUUUUGGCUAAACAAAGCGAGUCUGACUACUCGGAAGAAACUUGAAGGAACAGAUCCUCUCUCCAAAAGGCCGCAUAUUUCACAGUACAGAUCAUCUAGCAUUUCACGCCAUUUUAGACUGGUAGAUUUAAUCCGAAUACUCAAUUUUAUAUUGUAUUUUAAUGGUUGCUUUACCCGUACAAAUGCUGAUAUUUGUAUGUAGUGUUAAGAUACGUUUAAAGGUGAAGUGUGUAAAAUCUGCACAGUGGCACAAAGCAGAACUGCAGGCCGUUUUGCAUUCAAAAUGGGCCAGACUUAAAGGGAUAGUUCACAAAUCUUUCACUCCCCAUCAAGUUGUUCAAAACCUGCGUGAGUCUCUUCCUUUACAUGAGCAGAAAAGAAGGUAUUUAUAAAAAUGUUGGCAUAACCAAACUGUUGGCGGUAGCCAGUGACUUCCAUAGUAUGAAAAAAAUACUGUUAAAGUUAAUGGCUACCGCCAACCGUUCAUUUUUGGUAAACUAUCCCUUUAAUAGCACUGGCGUAAACAAGUGGUUUGAAUUUGCUGGCGCAUUUGAAUUUAAAUUAGUCAUCAGUUUUUCAUUUCUGUUUGUUGGAACUAAUUAUGCACGCUACACCUUUAAAUAUUUAUUCAAAUCAACUUGUUCACGAUAUAGGAUGUUCAUUAUGUCAUUUCUGGUACGCUUGUUGAAACUUCAUUUCACAAAUUAUUUCAAUAGCUGUAUUUGUCUAGAUUUACCUCAGUAAUGUUUAUAUAUAUAAUUCAGUCUAAUAGUAACUGUGCAAUUUGAUCAGUGCAACAAUGGAUUCUACUUGGAAUCUUUUUCGAUUCUUUCAGCAUGGAUGUUUACACACACAUAUUUCAUGCAUUACGUUUCACUGGAGUGCCUUUUCAAAUUUCACCUUUUUAGAAUCUGUUGAAUCAUGCUGUUUUUAAAGAUUGUAACACUAAAAGGCACCGGUCAAGCUGUACUGUGAAUAUAAUCACUUCUGAUUCUGAUCAGGUUUUGUUAAGCACAACGAUCAAUGGAGUUACUAUAUUUACAGCACAGCAUGGCCUCAGCAUGCCUUUGCUUUUAAAUAUUGAGGACGACACCAAUUUACAUUAAAAUAUUAUUUUAUUAAACAAA